AAUAAAAUCUGAACGUGCCGCUUUCAACGCAAUCGCAGCAGCAGCAGCGGCCUACAAAUUAAAAGGCAGCGUGCCGUCGCAGAGCUAUAUAAACGGGGAGCCACAGCGCAGUUGCCACAAACGUGCACGAGCCGAGCAAGUGACAACAACAGCAGCGUGAUUUUCAAACACAGCCACAACUUCGACAAGAAAACAAACCCAAAUACCGGUACUUUGAAGAACUGUAAACAAGAACAGCCCAAAACUUGAACUCAAAAAAAUAGAAAAAAAAACAAAAUGCAGUCGAUGACAAGACAGACGCUGCGGGCAAUGCCGCAGAUGGGCAAACAAGUGAGCUAUCUAUCGACGAGCAGCGCCUGGCAGUCGGCAGCUGGUGAAAUUAAGGAGCCAAAAACACCAUCCGAAAAGCUGAUGGCCUUUCAGAAGAAAUUGCGCGCCAAGACGCCGCUGGGCAAAUUGGACGAGUUCUCACGCCAUCCGUACCAGGAGAAGGAGCCACUCAAGCCCUGGCCGAACCAAACAAAUCCGUACACAGGCGAAAUUGGCGGACCCGCUGGACCGGAGCCCACACGCUACGGCGACUGGGAGCGCAAGGGUCGCGUCUCCGACUUCUAGUCCAGCACAAAUCUGUGCCUUAGUACGUAGUUAGGUUCCUUUUCAAAUGUUUAGAUUUAAGUUUUAAAAGAAAAACAAAUUGUAUA